AGCCUGACUUUCGUCACGCUUGUGUGUAUAACCCGCGUUUACCUCUUUCUCUCUCUAUUCUCGUGUUGGUGCAGUGAGCAUAGUUGCAUUGCAGCGAUAAGAAAAGUGUCGUACUGCGCGUAAAAUAUCGUUCAAGGAUAAAUAACUGAGCGCACGAGGACGAGCGCGUGCGAGGCGAAUUUUUUGUUCAGCCCACGGAACUCGCUCAUCGUCGACGUUACCGCGAUCGUUGUGCAAAGUUUAUCAGUGCCUCUGUGGAAUUAUUAUAUUGUGGAGUUCGUCGACGUGCAUGUAGAGCAGCAGGUAAACACGCUGUGGUGACACUUGUCUGCAGCGGGGAUUACCUUGUUUUUUUUUUAUCGCCUCGGUGAUAUACCUACCACUUGUUAAUACCGCACAACCACGCUCUUGCUACACCGAUGUCACUACAUCGUUAAGCUCGAUCGUUUUUUGUGAUGAGAAAAACUUUGGAUCCAAGUACGGAAUCAAGUGAGACCGGCGAUUUAUAAUAACAAUAUAAAUCGAGAGCGAUUGCACAAACCUCGAUGUGAUAUUUACGAGGGGAGAAAAUGUUACUCGAGCUUUCCGCAGGCCUCUUAUAGCGUGAAUCUUGGCUUAACAGUUAUUAAUUUUUGGUGCUCUUCGAACGUUUGGUAUAAAAAAAACCCAAUUGACAAAACUUUGAAAAGAAGACGAUAAAAAGCAGCUGAUGAAACCACCUUGGUUAUGAUAAUUACUUGGCCCAUAUUUUUAUACAAGAAUAGUAUCCAAAAUGGUAAGCAAAUUACCGCACGAAUUUCGGAAGUUCAACCGUAACAAAAAUCAUAUCAGAAGAAUUUUCAAAGAGACCAAACAUGUGCUGGAAUCUAUUAGUUUGGAAAAUUUUUUUCCUGGAGAAAAUAUCGUCGAGGAUCUUUUGCCGGCAACGACGUUGGACAAAGUCGAAAAUCUUCUGAACAACAAUCCAGCGAUAGUGAUAUUCGGUCAAAAUAAUAAAGCCAAAGCGACCCUAGUCAAUCACAUCCUUUCGACCGAGUUACUGCCAACAUACGCAGGCACGUGGCGAUGGAUGAAGAUCACCCACGGACCUACGAAUUACGCGAAUCUCACACUUGGCCUCGAGUACGAGGUGGUCGAUUACCUAACGGAAAACGACAAAACAUGGGUCACUUUGACGGCCGAGCAGUUGACCGAGAACGACAACGUCGAUCCGUGCUGUCCGCACGUGCUCGAGAUCAAGCUCAAUCAGCCCAUGCUGAAAGACGGCGUACAAAUAUUCGUCCUUCCGGACUGCAAGCCCAACACCAUACGCGUGCUGACCAAGAACAAUUUCAAGCUUUUGCCGGUGUUCCUCUACGCUCUGGGCGAAGAGGUGCUGUCGAGCGAGGCGAUGGACGAGCUGCGAAUGUUGCGCGAGACUUAUCCGAACAAUCCGGUGCUGUUCGUCUCGGCCCUGACGAAUCUCAGCCUCGAGAGUCUCGACAGCGCGGACUUGACGAAGAGCGAGCAGCGCCGGCUCUUGGUGCACAGCAAAGGCUGGAGCGACGACAGCAGCUCGAUCAUCACCACCGAGGAGGACUCGCUGCUCAGGUCGUGCUCGACUCAGUACUCGUCCGUUAAAUCGCCCACCCGAAGUCGGCUGAAUUCGGUCAAGGAGCAGGACGACGAAGGCCUGGACUUGGAACAAAUCAAUUCGCUGGGAUUGACGUGGAUGGAUCAACUGACGAGCUUGGGCUUCAUGGGCGAGCCGAGCGAAGUGGAUCACAGCGCUUGGCUGGAUCAGGAGCGCUCGGUGUCGAGCGAUCUGCUCGAUUCCUGCACCAAACCCGACAAGAUCGUUUAUUUCAUUCGUGGUUGUUUGCAAAAUUACCUCGUCAACGUGAGCAACGAACUCAACGACGUGCACACGACGUCUCUGCGCAAAUUCAUGCUCAGUGCCUUCGACAUGGCGCGAGAGAUUCAAAUCACUCCGGUACGAAUAGCGUACGCGCAAAAAAAAGAAUACGAGCUCUACUACAGCCUCAUGAGCGUGGUGAACGCCAAACAGCAAGAGAUUACGGAGCUGAUGCACGCGACGAUACAGGAGAUGCUGGACGAGGUGCAGUCGACGCCAAAGUCGGAAUCGAAGCCCGGCUCGUCGCGGGACAACGACCAAGACAAAGUCAACGCUAGCGACGUUUACAAGGAUGAUCGUAAAGCCGAAGCCGCUGACGAAGAUGAAAUCAACGCCUCUGACGCCGUCGACGGCAAUCCCGACAAAAAAAAGAAAAUCAAGGACGACGACGAGGACGACGACGACGACGAAGACAGAGAAUGGACAGCUACUGUGCGAGCCGCCACGGCCGAGGUGCAACGCAGGGUGCUGUCGAGGCUCGGCGAUCGAGUUGCUCGCCAAAUGAUCGAGUCGGUCAACUGUCUGCGAGAGACGUUCGUGGGCACGCUGCAGCGAUGCCUGCAGAGCCUGGAAAAGAGCUACGAUCACGAAACGAGCCUCACGGCCAGCGAAGCUCUGGCUCAGAUCCUGUCGGCUGCGUACACCGUCAAUCUACAGAACUCGUCGCCCACACUGGUACACUCGUUCCUCGAGCGCGUGCGACAACUGCUGAAAUCCGUACCGCUGCCCUGGGCACCGACGCCCGUGCUGAACAGAGCUUGGCGCCAGAGGGUCACCGUCGACGUGCUCAACUCUCUUAGCCCUCCGCGACUGGCCCGAGCGAUAGCCCUGCAGUUUCGCGACAAAGUCAAGGCCAGCCACGACACGUUCCAGCAGGCGCUCAGAUCGCUCGAGAAUCAUUACAGUGGAAAGCUCGAGAGAACGGAGGAGCAGAGGGUAGCCAUCAGGAAGUACCACGCGCCGAGAAUCGCCAAGCUGGCAUUAGAGAGCACCAGUAUGAGCGAUAUGGUACGUUACGGUAUACCGCACCAAGGCAAAGAGAUCGGCCGAGGCCAGUACGGCAUAGUUUUCGCCUGCGACGGCUGGGGCGGCGCGCCCGGCCCCUGCGCCAUCAAGUCCGUCGUGCCGCCCGACGAGAAGCACUGGAACGACCUGGCCAUGGAGUUCUACUUCACGCGAUCGAUACCGGACCACAAGCGCAUCCUCAAGCUGCGAGGAUCGGUGAUCGACCACACGUACGGCAGCGGCAAUUACGGCUGCGGAGCUGCGGUCCUGCUCAUCACCGAUCGCAUGAGCCGAGAUCUCUACUGCGGCAUCAGGAGCGGUCUCACCUGGCUCGAGAGGGUGCAGAUCUCCAUCGACGUCCUGGAGGGCAUACGGUAUCUGCACUCGCAGGGCCUGGUGCACCGCGACAUCAAAUUGAAGAACGUACUGCUGGACACGGAGAACCGAGCCAAGCUCACCGAUUUGGGCUUCUGCAUUACCGAGGCCAUGAUGUCGGGCAGUAUCGUCGGCACACCGGUCCACAUGGCGCCGGAGCUGCUCACCGGCCACUACGACGCCAGUGUCGAUAUCUACGCCUUCGGUAUCCUAUUCUGGUACGUAUGCGCUGGACACGUCAGAUUGCCCUACGCUUUCGAACAGUUUCACAACAAAGAACAACUCUGGACUAGUGUUCGAAAAGGCAUCAGACCAGAACGUCUUAUAGUUUUUGACGACGAAUGCUGGAACUUGAUGGAGCAAUGCUGGGCAGGAGAUCCAGCGAAACGUCCUCAUCUCGGUGCCAUACUACCCGUUCUUGAGUCCAUCUACGUCAAAGCAGAAAUGAACGCCCCGCCACAGACGCAAGCCAUGUUAACCGGUAACUCCCCCGACUCAACGACUAAACACCGCAGUAAAUCCAGUGUCAAUAACAACAAUAGGUUUAAGAGCAUCGCCGACGAGGUGAAUAAUAGAAAUAACAACAUCAAAAUUAGACAAGCAAUGGAAUUGCUGCAAGAGCCAAAUAAUCUUAGAGGUGAAGCACCUAGUCCGGCUUUUUUGAGCAAGCGACGAUCAAAAAAGCCUAUGACUCGUACACCUAAACACCCAGGCUUCUUUCACGCGAGCGCCUGUUCUAAUUUGUACAUACAAAUGCAAGAAUUUUGACAAAGUUGUUCUUUUUUCGCAUUUUUUCGCAUUUUUUAUAUAUAUUUUACUGCCAUUGAUUUUCGCUCAACGUAUAUAAUAUUGAAUAUAUAUAUACCUAUACACGUUCAAAUUAGUUGGUAUCUUAUGCCAAUACAUUUUUUUUUAAUUGUUCGCAGCACUUUCAAACCUAUGCACUUGCAUAAAAAUUUUUUGCUUAUGUAUUUGCUAAUUUGUGCAAAAUUAGAAUUUCCUAAAUUGACUAAAUAUAUAAAAGACUAACGGAAAUUGCGCAAACAUUUCGUGCAAUUAUAAUACUUAUUUCUAUUAUCAUCGUUUUGUUGGUUUGUGUGAUUUGCUAUGUGUAAAAUCAGAUCUAAAUCGAUACAUAAGCUUAUAGUAUUACAGAAAUUUUUUUUAAUACUUGAUACCAAAGUUAAAGAUCUGUUUCAUUUAUAAUCAUUGAAUAAGUGUUUGUUUCUAUUUUUUUUUUGUUUAUGUUUACAAAGCUUUUUAUUUCGUAAAAAAUAUUCACAUGUGUAGGCAAAAAUCAUGCAUUUUAACUCAAAAAGACUAUAACAUGAAAACAAGUUAAUUUUUUAUAUUUUAUUUUAUUGUAAAGUAGAUAGUUUUGGUUAUUCGUGAAAUGUGCUUAUUGAAAUAUUAAUGGACAAGUACUGUAACUUGAAAAGUAAAGCCAAAUCCAAUAUUGUCUUUAAUCACACAUUACUUUUUAAUAAAUCUAUACUUGUCCAAUAUGUUUAAUUGCUUAUGCAUGACAACAAAUUGUAAAUCCUAAUGUUUUUGAUACCAAGCUUUAAAUGUUGUGAGUAGUUACCCAAGUAAUACCUUUUUUGUUAGUUGUUAAAUCAUUUUCUACCUAUAUUGAUUAUGUACUUGUAAUAUAUUAGUAAAUUUAAAAUGUUAUUAUAAAUUAUUUCUAAUAA